CAUUUGCGAGCAAUAAUAGUCCACUUCCUUGUAUUUGCAUCUGAGAACCAGACACUACACUAACUCACUUCAGCAGGUCAUAAGCAGAAUUUGCAGAGAUGGCAUCCGUGACCAUGACAGCCUCAUUCCUAGCUGGUUCGACCAUGGCCAAACAACCCUUGACAACCCCACGCAGAGGGCUGAUCGUGGCUAAGGCCUCAAGAGCCACAGAGGAAGAAAGGGUCAGUGUGGAGAUGAAGAACAAGGAAGAAAGAAGCAGUGGGAGGAGGGAUUUGGUGUUUGCAGCCGCAGUUGCUGCUGCAUUCUCCAUUGCCAAAGUUGCCAUGGCUGACUAUGAGCCUAAGCCGGGUACCCCAGAAGCUAAGAAGAAGUAUGCUCCUAUCUGUGUCACAAUGCCUACUGCUCGUAUCUGCCGCAAGUGAAAGAAUCCUAUCUACUUUAUAAAUUAAUGUUGAUCUUUAGAUUAAUGUAAAAGCUGUAUCCACUUGUAUCUUUUCAUUGGACAAUCCUCUUUGUUA